UCGGAGGCUGUGGGACAGUGAUGUACCGCCCAUGAGUCCAGUAGAGCAGCCCGAUCUCCAUCAGAAACACACUUUCAGAAGCGCUUCAAACACUCACUUCUGCUCUUUUUCCAGCCUUUAUUCUAUAAACUGACCCAAGAACACGGGUUAAACUAUUUAUUGAGGUCAAAUUACUUUUUUCCCUACAGUUUAUGCUACUUCGCCAAAGUUAAAACGCGGAUACAGGAUGGUUAUUAAGCGCGUUUGACACUCUCUGGAUAAGUUUUUUUUGUAAAUCAUGUUGCCGCGGAAGAGCAUCAUCCCGGAGGAGUUUGCGCUGCCGGCGCUUGUCUCCCGGGUCCCGCGUAAACCGGUGUUCAGAGACCGCGUGAAUAAAGCGCGCUUCAUCGCCAAAAGCGGCGCGUGUAAUCUGGCGCACAAGAACAUCCGCGAGCAGGGCCGGUUCCUGCAGGACGUCUUCACCACUCUGGUGGAUCUGAAGUGGCGCUUCACGCUGGUCAUCUUCACUAUGACCUUCCUGUGCAGCUGGCUGCUGUUCGCCAUGUGCUGGUGGCUGGUGGCCUUCGGGCACGGAGAUCUGGACACCGACCGUAAACCUGCCGUGGAGCAGUGCGUCACCAAUGUCAACUCUUUCACCUCUGCCUUCCUGUUCUCCAUCGAGGUGCAGGUGACUAUAGGUUUCGGAGGGCGUAUGAUAACAGAGCAGUGUCCCAACGCCAUCGCCUUUCUCAUACUGCAGAACAUCAUUGGCUUGAUAAUAAAUGCCGUCAUGCUUGGCUGCAUCUUCAUGAAGACCGCUCAAUCCCACCGGCGUGCUGAAACCCUCAUCUUCAGCCGACACGCAGUCAUCGCUGUACGCAACAACCGCCUCUGCUUUAUGAUCCGAGUGGGCGACCUGCGCAAAAGCAUGAUCAUCAACGCAGUCGUGCGCCUCCAAGUGGUCCGGAAGACCAUGACCCCAGAGGGCGAGGUCAUCCCCAUCCAGCAGAUCGAUGUCCAGACUGAGAGUGCAGUGGCCGGUAACAGCAUCUUUCUUCUGGCACCCUUGAUCAUAUGUCACGUCAUUGAUAAAGACAGUCCUCUGUACGAUCUGUCGGCGAUGGAGCUGCAGUGCAGUGAUCUGGAGGUCAUCGUGAUCCUGGAAGGAGUGGUGGAGACCACAGGCAUCACCACUCAGGCUCGCACCUCCUAUGUGACCGAGGAGAUCCAGUGGGGACACAGAUUUGUGCCUAUAGUGACAGAGGAAGAGGGUGUCUACUCAGUAGACUACUCAAAGUUCGGGAAUACAGUGAAAGUGGCCACCCCUCGCUGCAGUGCUCGUGAGCUGGACGAGAAACCCUCCAUCUUGAUCCAGACGCUGCAGAAGAGCGAGCUUUCACACCAGAACUCUCUGCGCAAGAGGAACUCCAUGCGCAGGAACAACUCCAUGCGCAAGGGCAACUCCAUGCGGCGCAAUAAUUCAGCUCUCGCUGUGCCCAAAGUGCAGUUCCUCACCCCUGAAGGCGGAGCCAAUCUAGCAGUCACAUGACAAAACGCCUGUAAAGCACUUUGCACCAGUCUGUCUUUAAAGCCCGGCUCACACUGUGCAAUUUUGGCCAUGAUUUGGCCACCUGAGACAAAUUUCGGAAAUCCUAAAAGAUUUCUAUAAUCCUAGGCUAAAAUCUGUAGUCGUUGGUCAUUGGUUGGAGAUGUCCACCAACAACCAAUUAAUGGCCUCUUAGAUCAAAUUUUCCCUCUGGUGGAAUUCUAUCUGAAAUCUUUAGGCACUUUCCUGAACCUAGAACCAAUAGGAGCACUUAUCCCCAUGAUCCAAUCAGCGCGACAACUACAAAUCACCUUGGAGAAAUAUUGAAAGGCUUUUCUGGUUUUAUUAUCAAGCCAUGUUACGAGUAUAAUUAAUGCUACAGAUAAUGUUAAUGUUUGCUGUGAGGUAUUAUUUCAAAAUGUGGAUUAACGAAUGCGUCAUGGAUUGAUGACGUCAAACUCCAGAGAUGAGUUUUGCGUGUGUCUGUUCCACACAUCUUGAUUGUUGAUCAGUCUGACAUUAUGACAACUGAGAUCUUGCAGUGUGACAUGGGGAUCAUGCUUGUACAGUCGGACAAUCUGCAAUCAUAAAGAAUUUAUUUAAAAAAAUAAUGAUAAAAAUAAAAAUUGCACAGUGUGAGCCGGACUUAAAUCCUUGUCUCUUUUUUUUAUCUACGUUUUGGUUUCAUGAUUGUAAACGGUGCAAAGCAAGGCAUCGUUUGGUACCUUGACCCCAUUUACACCUGGUAUAAGUUCCAAUUUGGUCAAUCUGAUCACAAGUGGACAACUCAUAUAGUACAGGUAUCUAAAAUGUUAGGACCACUUCCAGAGGCAGACAAAAAUUUGAUCAGAUUGCUUUCAUAGGGCGCUUUCAGACCUGAUUUAUUGUUUCUAAACCUGGUAGAUUUUCUCCUACAGCGUAUGUGAACAUAUCAGUCAUGCUCGAAUCAGCGUCAAAACUAUCAGUCUGAGACUGCCUGAAGAUAGUGGUCACAGCCUGCUUGAAAAAUGGUCCGCAUGACCAUGACCCUUGAGAGGGAGGUCAUCCCCAUCUACCAGAAUGUCUGUCUUCUUGUUGGCACCCUUGAACAUAAUCACAUCAAUAAUUAAAGACAGUUCUCUGAAUAAUCUAACAGCCAUGGAGCUGCAGUGGAAUUAUCUUGAGGUCAUAGUGAUCCUGGAAGGAAAGGUGUAGACCACAGACAUGACGAGAAGAUCCAGUGUGGCCACAGAUUUAUGCGCCAAUGUGACCAAGGAAGACAAGAUGUCCUCGCUGCAGUCUGUCACCACGAUGAUGUACUGGACCAGGUCCAAUACGUAGUGUACAUUGUACCACGGUAAUGCCCAUGCUACUGGGACGGUUGGGUUUAGAGUAGGGGAGGUAUAGGUGAUCGUCCAUUAUGUCAUCCAGCUGCGGGCUGCAGCGAGGACUGUCUCAAAGAAGAGGGCAUGUACUAUGUGCACUACUCAAAGUUCUGGGAACAUGGUCAAAGUUGCCCCUACUGUCAUGAUCUUUUUUUAUGUUCACUUCUGUAACUUGAUCAUUGUAUUGUAACGUCAGGCACAAUUUGUUUAUAUUUACACUAUUUGGACGCACUUUUGUCCAAUCACAAGGGAACAACUCUAAAUACAGGUAUAACAGGGGACCAAAAUGUUUUGAGCUUUUCACUUUUGACCUCUUCCAGUCGGAGUUGACAACGCAUUUGAUUUGAAUGAUUUGUUAAUGUAAUCGCUCAUGUGGUCAGAAGUGUAUGAAGAGCUAUAAAAGACCAGCAACCUUCCGGCUGAGCACAUGAUCUUUAUGGGAUGUGUUAGAAGGAAGCACUUUGCAAAUGAAGUCAAAAAUCGCAUACUCUAGAGUAGGUUCUUACUUUAAUGCUUACCUCAACACAUCUGUCUGGACGUUUCUAGUAUACCUAGUAAGAACUUGAUUAGCUGAUUUGAAUUGAAGAGCUAAAUUGUGCGAGACAGUGGCCCUUCAGGAACAGGAUUGGGCAGUCCUGAUCUACAUAGUAUGAUUGAAAGCAGAUAGUAGGAAAGAAUGUGACACAGCCACGUGGAUUAAGAGUGAAAUUGUAGUUGGCACUCACCUUUAAGGUGAAUUACAUUAGUUUGUUGGUUCAUUAGUACUUGUAUGUCAUACUGAGCUCCUGUGUAAGUGAAGAGGAAAUAGUUUCACGAAAUCUGAACAUGAAAGUGCUCACUGAACAAGAUGAUGAAGUGCAUUUAUAAUGCAUGUUUAUAUAUAACUGUUGAUCUUCAAAAAAGUGCAUUUCCUCCCCAAAUAACAAAAACCUCCACAUAAUAAUUGGGCAAGUUAAGUGAAUGAUCACAUACAACGUACUAUACUAUGGACAAUAUUAUAUAUUUAUAUAUUUGACCGUUUUAUCUUAAA